AUGAGCUGCGAGGGCGCGGAAACCCUCGUCUUCGGUCUGGUCGCCGUCGACGAAGUCCUGCACCCGCGAUACCCGGAUGUGGACGUCCGGCGACCGACCGACUUCUCCGACUGUAUCUGCGCUCCGAACACAUCCCCGAGGUCGCUCGCGGGCGCGGGUGCGCCUUCGACGGCCUGUUGUUCCACUGGGUCCCCGAGGAGCGCCUCGAGGACAAAGGAAAACCGCGCGCUCCUCCGCGAGUUCGAGAAUGACGGGCCCUGGCAUCGCUACAUCGACGAGGAGGGUAAACACGAGAUACCGCAGGGCAAUCAAGUCUUCAAGGCGGCGUGGAUGACCCGGCGGGAACACAUCAUCCACUGCAAAUACGUACUGGGACAGACUCUUUUAUGGGUAAAUGCCAUAUGA